AUGAAUAAUGUUCGCGAGCAGAAAGAGACCACGGAGCAAUUGCUGUCUUCUCCUAUACAUCCGAGGAAGAUCUCAAUCGGAGAUCAGCUGUUCGAAGAACGUCCACCACGACCUGGAGAAAUGAUAAAAGAAGCGGUACAGAUGGCCGUUUGGCCAGCUUUACCUAGCUACAGUUGGAAAAGACGUGACAGUGCACCCUCGUGGUUUUCACAGCAGAAUGAAGUAUUGGAAAAAUGUCCUUGUCAGUCGGAACGGCUGUAUCCUUCAUUUCUCUUGCCUGGAACUAAUGUUCUAGCAACUUCGGCUGAAUUCUGA